AUGCCCUUCAGGGGGAGACCUUCUAAUGGAUGUGACGAGUGUCGCAAACGGCGGAAGAAGUGCGAUCUCCGACCUGGAGGUUGCGGCAGAUGUACGAAUGCGCAUCGCCAGUGUCCCGGAUAUCCUCAACAAGAUGGUUUGAGGAUUUGCGAUCAGAGUGCCGAAGUCAUCUCCAAAGCUCGUGGUUUACACCCCAAGACGCAAAGUCCACAGACGGUCGACGCUAUUGAGUCCUCCUUGCACCCUGAAUCAGUUAACCCAUCUGAGUGGGAGGAGACUUCACCAGCUGCUCGUCCAUCUCUAGCAAUAUCUGGCCCUGUAUCUCCUCUGCCUAUGGACAGUGACGACGUCUCUUUCGCUUUCUUCUUCAGGCACUGUGUUAUGAACGACAACUAUUAUGCUUGUAUUUACGAACCCAAGAAUACACAUCUCAUUGCCAGCAUCAAAGCUUUCGGCAUUGCCAACUUGUCCAAGCACCACUCGGACAAGCGUCUUCUCAUGGCUUCGCAGCGUCAGUAUGCUACCGCUUUGAAUCUCACAAACCUCGCCCUGCGAGACCCGCUCCAGGUCAAGCGUGACGAAACAUUGCUCGCCAUCUCCAUCCUCACGAAUUACGAAACCCUUACGGGCGGUGUCACGCGCACUCUGGAUGCAUGGGAACAGCAUGUGAAUGGUUCGACCGCUCUUCUCAGUCUUCGUGGCCUCGAUGGUGUGCAAAGAACGAGUGGUCGGGUCUUAACUCUGCAUGUUAUCACCACGAUCAAUGUGAUAUGCCUUCUCCGGAAUCUGGCUACCCCUCCUUUCAUAUAUGAUCUCCAGGCAAAGGUCUUCGAAUAUCUCUACGAGCCAGAGAAUCCUGCAGUACGCUACCAACGCAUAAAUUUACAGUGUGCAGAUUUCAGACACGCCGUCACUACUUGUCUGAUCGUAUCAUCCGAGGAGAUCAUAUCUCGUGCGGCUGAGCUGGACACUAAGCUCAUAGAAGCAUUCUCUAAUCUGCCACCAAACUGGCAACCCGAAAUCGUCACGCACUUUGUGCCCCAACAUUCUGCUGAUUCUGGCUUGCCUGGCUUUGAACUACGGUACACUGACCAGGCGACGAACUAUAUAUGGACGUCUUAUCGUUCCAGUCGGGUCAUGCUAAACGAAGUCGUGCUUCAAUCGAUAGGGGACGACACGGAUGCACAUCGAUCUGUAAGAGCCCGUGCAGAAACCAUCAUGCGACAAUGUCAGACCGAAAUACUGGCUGCAAUGUCGCAGUACAUCUCCAAGAAGGACGUAAACCUGCCUUGGGUGGGCUUCAAACGUCCGGAUCGUUACUUCGUACCCGAGGCCGCCUCUAGCGAUCUGCCUAUCAUGCGUGCUCUGUCUGGCUAUGGCGUGCUGUGGCCUUUAUUUGUCGCAGGCACAAGUUCGACAUCGACACCCGAGAUCAAGAAUUAUGUGGCAGAGGUAUUCACAUACUUUGGAAAGCAACUGAAGAUCGAGCAGGCCUUGGUCCUCCGAAAAAUGAUCUGGGGACUGUCAAGAGUUGUUCCGUCACCGUCGUCAGUCCCUGGCAGUGGCAGUGUUCUGGGCACUCAUCGGGUUGAGGAAGAACCUAACAGAUGA